UAGGGCAAGUUCAAUUUAUUUGUCUGUAGCUUUUUCGCUCUCACUCGGCCUCGCAGUGUCUGCUACUCCGCGCCGUCUCGCUGGCCAUCGUUUCACCGCCCUCUACGGUGGUGCUUCAUCGAAGCUCAGGGACUUCAUGAAUAGUAACUUAGUCUAUGUGAAGAUUAUAAGAGGAAGAUGAGAAGACAUUGUAGGCUUUGGUGGCCAAAGCAACUUUUAUCAAAUCAAGAAUCAUCCUCUAGUAUUUUACUAGGGUGGUUUGUCACCUGCUCACCAUCAUCCCUUGACAUUAUUGUAGCCUUUACUUGCAAUGAAGUCUUGCUUCCUAGUUCUAGUCCUGGCAUUGAGGGGAUCAUUCAUGACACAUGUGGGAUCAUGCCUUCAUUUCUUGAAGAUAAGUCCAAGUUCUCUGUACUUGGUCUGUGUGUUACUGACCCUACUACUAGUAAUAGUUUGAUGAAUGAGAUUGAAGAUGACAAAAAGAAGUUCUCUGAGUAUGGCAAUGCUUUGGAAGAGGAAAGUACAGAUAGAAAGAAUAACUGUAGGAGUUGCCGUUGCUUCCAGUUAGAUGGUUCAUUGAGGAAAAGUAGCCAAUAUAUUCUUGGAAAUAGUAAUCGGGUCCUGCUCAUGUUUGAUUCUCCUGAACAGAAUGAUGUAGGAAUACAAAGGCUUCCAAAAUUGCAUCACAUUCAUUGGAAUGGACUAAUUGUGUCACAAUAUGAUGUUCACGUUAUAAUUUAUGAAACACCCUCUUAUGGUGCUCAUCAUUUCUCCUUAUGCCAUUUGGGUUCAAAUGAGCAAGCUAAAGCUUCCAUUAAAAAUCCUAAAUGGGUCGAUGAGCUUCAUAAAAAGCAGCAAUUCAAUGAAUUGGAUACUGUUAUUCUUGCAAUUAAUUGCACAGCUGCUGCUAAAAGAAUUUUUGAGACACACCUGGUCCCAAGAAGAUCCUUGAGUCAGCUUCCCAUAUUUUCCAUGCUUUUUGUGGUCAUGGGGCAUCUAUUUUCCAAAUUAUUGGCUUCAUUCUCCACCAUGUUCUAUAUUGUUCUUCAGUUUUUUCAAACACAUUUUAAUUAUGAAUCAGAAUCAUGGAUGUAUGUGACAUCAGCAAAUGUAUUCAUGAAGACUGCUUGGACAAAUAUGCAAUACCGUUGUUGUCAGAUAUUAUAUUGGCCAAUCUUUCUUCAGCAGAAGGACCUCAGGUCACAAUCAUGUGUUGAAUAUGUAGAGAAAGCUGCAAUGCAUAGGCAUUCUAUGUGGUCAACUUUGGUUGUUGAUAUUCUCUUAGGAAACUUGGUUGGCUGGGCAUUAUUAUAUCAUGCAGAAUCCAUUUGCUCAGUUUUGAGCUUAAUGCAUGGCUUUUCCACAUUUUUGCGCUCUGGGUGUGUGUGGUUAAUGGGAAACCCUGCAGGCUUCAAAUUAAAUGCUGAGCUGGCUGGAGUACUUGGCAUGGUUUCUUUGAAUGCAGUCCAAAUAUGGUCAACACUCUGGAUCUCCGUAGGUUUCAUCUUCAAUUAUAUUAUUCAAGGGCUUUCUGUUUUAGGAAUCCUUUUUGGAUUCACUGUACCUGCUGCUCUGGUAAUAGACAUGAUUGCACUGGCAACUUUGCACGUUUCAACUCUUCAUUGGUUCAUUUCACUUGUAUAUUCAUCACAGAUACAGGCAUUAGCAGCCUUAUGGCGGCUUUUCAGGGGUCGGAAAUGGAAUCCUCUUCGGCAAAGGUUGGAUAGCUUUGACUAUACCGUGAAGCAACAUAUUGUUGGAUCUCUUUUAUUCACACCACUUUUACUUCUUUUACCAACUACUUCCGUUUUCUAUAUAUUCUUUAGUAUCGUGGACACAACCAUUAACCUUGUCUGUCUACUGAUUGAAGUCACUAUUUCGGUAAUUCAUGCUACCCCUUAUACCAAGAUGUUUCUUUGGUUGGUGAGACCUGGAAGAUUCCCUUCUGGAAUAUGGCUUGAAAUCAUUGGUUGUCAGAUUAGUAGUACUGUUUCUCCAAGUACUGAUUUUGCUGAUGAAAUGACCUCAUCCAAGGAGUCAUUACAUGUAAAGGAUUUCAAUAGAGAAAAAUCUAGUAUUCUAGUUUCAGUUCUCCACAGCAACUACUUGAGCAUAGGAAAAAUUAUAUUGCCUCACUAUAAAAAUGUAUUUUUGGGAGUUUCUGGGUCAUCCAUCUCCACAGUGGCUCACGGAAUCCUCAUUGGGCAAAGAAUGCCAUAUACGCGUGGCACCCUUCUACCUUCACCAUUGCCAUGGACGACCCUGCCUUACAAAGAGUAUUGGCGCCUUUGCCAUGAUUCGCUUAUUGCAUGCUUCAGAAGAUAACGGCUUUGGCUCAGGUUUUAUUAUUCAUAUUAUUUGCUCGCGGAUUCAUUGACACAGUUUUCAUCCAACAUGCUCUUCUCUCGUGUUCGUGGUUUUUUCUCUUUUCAAUGGGUAACAUCGAGAAUGCUUUACAAUUGUUCUUCCGUAGUUCAGUGUUCUUUCUCUUAUAAGCAUGGUACAGCGGGCUUUUUUCUUUCCCGCUUUUCUCUUGCUGAGAAUGAUGAGUGCUCUAUAAAAGUAACAUUUAUUACUAAUCUGGUAAAUAUAUUAUUUAACUUA